CUGGGCCUCAAGAGCUUUAGCAUCUCGACGUUUGAAUGGAUGGCCCGGCUCUGGGUCGACGACUACUGGUUCUCGACGCUGGACACGGUGCUCCGCACCAUCGAGGCCCUGCCGCUCGACGGGUGCGGCGAGCCCGGGCAGGCCGACUGGCACCAGUUAGCAACAGGUCUCAGAGGGGUCGGCCGACCACAGGACGCAGUGGAAUCCUUCUUCUUUGAGGACGAGGGCGGCCGUCGCGCCCGGCGGGACCGAGGCCUACUCGCAUCCCUAGACGACGUCAGAUAUAGCGCCGUGUGCGAGGCUAUUGCGGCCGCUCCCGAGCUCGCCUUCCCCGACCUACGGCGCUUCCUCCGCACUAAGAAGACCGACGCGCAAACGGCAAACAAGCCAUUACUACGGGAGCACCUACUAGACGCGCUCGGCAAGAUCGGCCGGUCUCGCGGCGUCAAAGGCCACACCGCCUCAGCAGCGGCGGCGCAACAGCUGCAGCAGCGCGUGCUCGACUUCGUCCGGGACCACAUCAACGAGUUCACCACAACGGAGGAGGCCAAGACGCUUAUCAACGACAGUGUGUCACUCGCCCGCCUCCUGCGCCUUGUGAGGCGUGUCACCGACGUAGACGGCCACACACUCCGCCCGGAGUGGCAGACCGCCCACGCGACGCGCCAGAGAGGGCAUCAGGAACAGGUCUCGGCGCUAGUGCGGACGUUUUGCGUAGAUGUGUCCCGGCUAGCCGCCGACCGCCCCGGGCUGCGUGACGCCGCCAUACGUUCAGACCUCCAACGCAAGAUCGAGGCGCUCAUCGUAGGCCUCCCUAACGGCGCAUCAAUGCCAAGCAGCCGCGCCGCCGAGCCACCACACCCUGGCUCGGGAGGCACCAUCGAGGAUUCCAACGCCGGCGACACCGAACCCGCAGAGGGCAGCACCAGUGGCUAA